AUGACAGGAACAAGAUACUCAAACGAGAGGAACAAAAAUAAUGAGGAAGGUCAACUAGGAUGGACAUUUUUAAAACUAAUGGAUGUGUUAUUCACAUGUUCCUCCAAUGAGGAUGCAGAGUUAGUGAAAAUUCAGCAUUUUAAAGAAAGUACAGGAUUCAUCCACGAAUGCCGCCUUAAAGGUGAAGGAUGUCUUGUUCACUGUUUGGCAGGAGUUUCUAGAAGUGUGACCUUAGUGGUAGCCUAUGUCAUGGCUGUCACAAAUCUGGGCUGGGAUGAUGCGUUAUCUGCUGUCAGAGGUGCAAGGACGUGUGCCAAUCCGAACAUGGGCUUCCAGAAGCAGCUUGAAGACUUUGGAAAACAUGAUAUCCAAAAUUUCCGGAAAUGGCUGAAAGAUACUUAUGGGGAAAGUCCAUUUCUUGAUGAGGAAGAAGCGAGACAACUUAUUGCUAAACAUAAGCAACAGGAAGCUGAAUCUCAAAGUGCUGCCAGUUCAGGAAGGCAAUGGAGUAGCCAUUUAACUUCCCUAUCAUCUUUGUCUUAUAGCACUACAGAGACAUAAGUUUCUAUAAUAUAAAUAUAUAUCUUUCUUUUGUAUUGGCUGCCUGGCUUGUUAAAAAGGGACACUGUGUAAGAAUAUCUGCAGGAUCCAAGUUGGUGGCUGACAUUACAUGACUUACAUGAAGAGAAGAGGUUUAAUAUACCAUAGUAUCUGUUCAUUGUAACUACUUUAUACAACCCCCUAAAUGUACAUCACUGUUUUGCAGACUUGUUUUAGUCCCCUGAAAUAAAGGCAUAGGUUCCCCUCCCCCCCCCCACCGAAUAUUAACUUGGCCACUUUAUGUGUGAGUUUGACAUAUAGCCCCUUAGAAGCCAUGUGAGAAGUAAGCACUGUUUUCUGAAUUUUGUGCUUCUAUUUUUUAACACAUAAUUUAACAUUUUCUACCUCAAAAAAGUUUAUUUGCGCAGUUACCAAACCUUAUCAUUGUUUCCAACCUUAACCAAUGACAGAGUUAUUAUUAGGAUUCAUAUCGUUCCUGAACUUCCUCAGAGACCAAUAUAUUUUAGCAUUUUGCCAAAUAUGCUCAGGUAAAGCACGCAGUAUGUUUAAACCACUUUCCCAAAGGCUCUAUAUCUUAUUGUACAUAACAUACAAAUGUAACAUAGAAAUGGGUAUAUUAAAACUAAGUUAUAAACUGUGGUCAUUUAAUUUGGGGUAAAGACCUAUUUGCAAAACAUAGAUUCAAAGAGCAGAACUAUUUAUUAAAAUGUUUUGUUUUGAUUUUUUUCUUUUUUUCAUUUGCACUAAUUGUUGGUGGAAUAAUUAAACUGUUUCAUAUGCCAGAUUAUCAUUUUAAAAUGAUGUUUAUAUGAUUGUAUAAUCAAUAAAGUUACUUUUGAGAACAUA